ACAGUAAUAUGUGUAAUCGCUUUCAUAACAGCAAUUAUCCUUAAAAAUGGUUAGCUUGUCACGAAGCUUUAAUACAAAUUCUGGAGGUGCAACAUUUUUUAGCGAAUCUGUAAAUAUGGAUGACAGGCAACAUCUUCAGCCUAUAUUGGACUCUUAUGGAGUAUUCAAACCACUGAAAACUGUUCCCUUGUUUAGUUUUCACUUGUUAUUUAUAUUUGUCUUGGACAUAAUAGCUAUUUGUUAUUCUGUAAUGCAUCCUGAUGAAAAGAGCAAAUGCCGAGAAUAUUUUGUUGUUAUUUACUUACAUAUAGGGCUUUGGUUCUUAACACUUCUGGUUGAUCAAGUAGCCAAAUGUCAGCACCAUGGUUUAAGAUUAAAUGGUUAUUUAGAUUUUUACCAUCAAACAAAACUUCAUAUUAGUUUACCCUUCUAUGUUGUGAGUUUAUGGAGUGUUGCUUUAAUGUUUGUACAAGCAUUGAUGCAACAUUUUUACCCAGAUGAUUUUGCAGAGAGAUGUGUUAAAGGAGGAAGUCUGUCACCUAUAUCUUAUGUAUGUGCCAUUAUUACACUGGAGACUUGCCUCAUAUUUGGUGUUAAUGUUAACUAUAUGGCGAAAGUGAUCAAAUUCAAUAGACAAAAACCUCAGCCUGAUGUUCAAAAAGAAGACUGGAUUAGUACUACUGCUCCUGACACUGUGACUCAAAAUGAAGUAGGUUAUAGUCAGUUGGGAGGAAAAAUUUAUGACUUAUUGGAGAAACAGGCCGAUUUAAUCCGAUUCCUCAAGGAACACAAUGCACGAUUAGGGGAGAAAACAAUGGUUUUGACUGCUCAAUUACAGCAAUUACGGGCUCAUAGAGAGAGUUGAAACAUUCUGUAAAAUUUGUGAUAUAAAUACGCUCGAAGAUAUAUAUAUAUAUAUAUAUAUAUAUAUAUAUAUAUAUAUAUAUAUAUAUAUAUAUAUGUAUAUAUUUAGAUAUAUUAGGGUAUGCUAAUUUGUUUAUGACAUUUAUUCAUAUCAAAAAUUUGUAGAUGCAUUUUUCUUUAUAUAAACUGAAAUAAACUUCAAAAUCGGAGGCUUUUAUCUCAUAAUAUACGACUGUGAUUUUGUUAUGUAUUGUUUUUUUAAAUUACUAAACUAAGAACUCUUCAUUUUUCACUCAGAACAUUUUUAUUGUACCUAAUUUUGUUCUGAAGACUCAUUUUUCCAAGUACUACGUAACAAAAAGAACUAGAUGCAAAAAGGUAAUACCACAUAGAAGAUAAAUGGAUAUAUCCAUGAUACUAAGACUAAGAAGAUAAGAUAUUGCGCAUAAGUCGUGACGUC